GUUGUGCGUUGUCGCCGUCAUCGCGAGGUUCUGGUGAGCGAUCAGUGGCGGGAACCGCUUGUUACGUCAGCGCGAUCGAUCCGCGAUCGCACUCUAGUGUAGUGGAUGGUCGUAGCAGAGUCACCAAUUGUUCGCAUAUACGGUCGAAACGGGUUGUUUGUCAACUGGUUCCAGCGCAGCGCACGACGUCACUCGUGGACCGCACUGAAGGUUGUCCUCGAUCGCUCUAGGGGAGACGAUUUAAUCGAUUUGUAGUGGCGCACCGAUUAACUGCUGGUGUGCUGGUGUUGUUGUGGGCAGCUCCAACGCUCGUUCACUCGUCAACCGUGGCGCUGCAUUCGUUUGGUUGGUUCGUCUGGAUUUCCCACGCAAAAAGGGGGGCACUCCGUUUGUAUUUCGAAUGCCCAAAGUGCCGUUUUGGUGCGACUUUGAUGACGAUCGUUUCGCAUGCUGGGAAAAGUGCAUCAUAAAAUCCAUCUUCAACGGCAGAAAGUCGGAACUCGCCCGUCCCCACGCAAUACUAUCGAAAACGGAUUGAAAGUCGCCCGCCGUCCGACGGUGUUAUACGGUUUUUAUUCCGGGGAACAUGCUCCCGCGUCCGGUUUAGUGAGAUUUCCAAUAUCCACCGUAUUAUUGUGUGUGCCUUUGCGGGACCCGGUGGUUGUGACGACCGGACGUUGGUCUGCGAAAGUGUAAAACUCCUUCCCGUUGGUUGGUGCGCUGGUAGUUCGUAUUGCCAUCCACGACUGGCACACUCGGAGUGGGAGUGUAUCAUAGAAACGUCGUCUGUCCAAUGCACCACCAGAUAUAUCAAGCACAGCAUCUGUGACUGACUGACGACCGUGAACGCCGUUUACUACGUCGCUUUGCCCUGCAACGAUCACUCUUUCGUUAACGUUGGACUUGUGACUAAGCACGGCAUAAAAAAGGAAAGCUUCAGGAUGACGAUCUUCAGCUCAUAUGGAAUGAGGACGAAAGUCCAGGAGAAGAAGGAUAAAAUGUCAACCGAUGAGCAGCAGCAGCAGCAACAACAGCAAUCGCCCCAUCAAAAUCAACAGCAGCAGAACCAAAUUCCGAACAUUGCCGGAACGAUCCUGAUCGGUGGACUCGGUGGACCGAUCGACUUCGAUGUCGAGCAGCAGAAGCAAUCGCUAGCGCAGCAACAAAACCCUCAUCACCAUCAUCAUCACCAGUACUAUCUACCUCAUCUGCAUCAAUUCUGCACCAUGACCGGAUCAUCGAACCCAUCGAGCCUCACCCAUGGAGGUGGCGGUGUGAAUGGUGGCCAUAAGGGGGCCACCACGUCCAAAAGCUCCCUUCUCGGUCCGUCACCCUUCUGGCAACUGCUGCCGGUGAUGCUGUGUGUUAUAUCGUUCGCGACCGUGCUCAGUGUGCUGGUCAUCUACAUGGAUACCAAUGAAAUCCGUCACCAACAAUUUCGGCUAAACAUGUCGCGCGACUAUGACCUGAUGGGUGUACCGCAGGACAAUCCGGCUUUGAUCAAGUACGUACGCGACAUCCACAUGAAGAAGUACCCGAUGACGUUCGUGCGCAACAGUGCGGCACCGACCGAGGAGCUCAACUUUAACAACCGGCACGAGCUGACACCCGAGAUGGCUCACCUGAUCUCGGAUCUGCUCGGACGGAAGCGCUUCGGAACGUUCUUUCAAUCGCUUGCCGGCAACAGUGACUCGAUGAUGACUGCUCCAUGGCUGGCGGAAACGAUGAACUGGGGUGGCACGCUGGUAGAACCGGAUCCGCGCAAGUAUUUUUCGCUCCGCAAGCAGAAUGCCUUUAGACCAAACAUUCAAGUGGUCCAUGCGUGCCUUUCACCUAAUACCUACCCCAAGGAGGUAACGUUACAUCACGAUGAUGACAGCGAGGUGCAGAUAAACAGUGUGCUCGAUGAAGAGACUGAAUGGUUCCAUCCGCGCGUCAAGUGCUUCCCGGUAUACACACUGAUGCUAGCCGUUAAUCGUACAUCGAUUGAUCUCCUUAGUCUAGGCUGCCACGGACAAGAGCUACAGAUUCUUCAAACUAUACCAUUCGAUCGGGUUCAUAUAAAAAUCAUCACGAUCCAUCUUGUACAUUUCUACGAGGAGGACGAAAUGUUGAUCGACAUCGGUGAUUACGUGCAGAGCAUUAAUCGGUUUCUGAUGAGCAAAUCAUACAAAUUGGUGCGCAGCUUCGAACGCAACUUUAUCUAUCAGCACAGUUCGGUUGCCUCCGCGGCCAAGCGUCGUAUGCAGCAGCUGCAACAACAACAGCAGCAAGUAUUGGUUGGCUCGUCAAUCGGUGGCAGUGGUUCCAUACUACCUCGUCAGCAGCAGCCUGCGCAGCAGCAGCAGCAGCAACAGCAGCAGUCGGUGCUUGUACACACCAAUGCGAUCAAUUCCGGUGAGAAGCUCGACGUAUCUAUGGCCAUCCACAAGGGACAGGAAGCGCCCGGCAGUGGUAAUGCGGGAACAGUAAAGCCUCCGAUGGCGAUAGCAGCAGCAGCAGCUGCUGCUGCUGCACACACAACAUCACUACCAGUCGCACCGGUAACGAUCUCUUCUACUGAUUACAAGAACCCACCAGUGGCCGAGAAUACUUCGAACGUGAACGACAAGCUCGUGCUGCUGCGCGGCUCUGAAACCGACGAACCACUCGAUGCCGAGGCUCUCGAUGAAGACUUUGUAUCCGAUGAGGAUGAGCAGGUGCUGCGGAAUAAGGCGGUGGCGCGAAUAUGGACUGAGCAGUUACCAAUCCGCGCUAGUGAGGAUCGAACAGUGGAGACAGAUUCCGGUACUCGCUCGGUUGCGUCGCAACCACCGACGGUUACCACACUAUAACGUUCAGUUGGCAAGACAUUAAACGCGUGACACAAGCGGCACCACUAGGCGCCCUAGGCAACCAAUAGGAAUGGGCACCUAGGGGAUGAUUUAUUUUCUAAUUUUUCAACUAUCCACUGAAAGCUACCAGUCCAUCAUUCCACUUAAUUUUUUUUACUACUUACAUUAUAGUUGUGCGUGUAAUCCUAUACCGAUUACCGUGCGGAAAGUAUUAGCCCUUAACGUUUUAUGUAUCCCGGCUCGAAUGCCACCUUAUUCAUCAAAAGUUGAAUUCAAUAUCGCGAUAUUCUUUUUUUUUACAAUUUCAUGAUUCCGCUGGUUUAAUUCAGUAAAAGUAAACUUACUUUCUAGAUAGAAAAAUUAAGAACCUUGAGCUGAGUACGAUGGAUACCCUUGCUAUUGGGUAUGGCACCAAUUUCAUUAUCCAGCUGUAUAAAAUCAAAUUUGAAAUCCAUAGCAAUCAAGCAUGCAUUUACGUACAUGUUAGCAGGCAGGGUUGUGUAUCUGAGCAUGAUCUGAGCACAUGGUCCUCUGGAACCGUUUGAAUUGAGCGAGCAUUGACUGAGCGUUUCAAUCAACAAUCAGAACAUGUUAAAAGUAGGCAUGUUAAAAGAAUACAAAUCAAGAACUCUCUUGGAUGGUUAACUGUUUUCGAGUGGACGAAAAUGCGAAACUCAUUCAUUACAGUCUGCACUAGUUUUGAGCCCAUUUACCGGUUAGAGUAAUUAUUAUACAUCUGCGAAUCGUUUGCCGGAUGAGCAUCUUUUCAAUCGAUUGUGAAGACAAAAUCGAACCUCCUAAGAUCACAGACCUAGUACGCUCGUGUGGUCCACAGCUAUACGUAUAUACAUACAUAUAUAUUUAUAAAUAAUCUCGUUAAUUGCUCUCUGAUCGUUUAUCGUUGUCACGCUGUUAAGAAAAUGGUUUAAAACAUAUUUCCUAAAAUCAAGUUUUCGAUACUUUCAAUGGAAUGGAAAUGUGAAAGCUCAACUAUUUUGAAACGAGGUGAUUCGGCAUAUCAAAACUGCGUUCCGAUUCCUAUUUUUGGCACAACUCUGAGCGUUAGCAGAUUUAAGUGAAAAGGUAUCGAAUCGAAUGCAAACCUUAAUAGACAACGAUGGUUAAUACUGUUGUAUGUCAUUGAAUCAUGUGCUUGAAUGAUUUACCGAUAGACAGUGAAACUAGGCUGAUCCAGCAAAGAAGGUUAUUAUCCUACGCGCGCGCGAAGAUGUAGUUUUAUACAUUCACAUCACGGUUUAGAUCGUCCAAACGAAAAAAGAAACACGGCAGCGCAACCAGAAUCCGCUAAGAGAUCAGAUAGUGUUAAGUGAAAAACAGGUAGCACGUAAGCGAAUUCCCCCUUAUCGGUAAUCUAUCAUCUCAGCCAGAGGAGAUGUGAAUAGAAUCUGAAUAAAAUCGAAAGUACACUGGUAAGCUGUAAUAAAGACGAGAAUGCAUAAUGUAGUACGACGCAUGCUGUUAGUAAUCAGUGGGUACAAAGAUGG